AUGAAGUACAUUGCCGUCGCUCUCGCUUUGGCCACGGCCGUCGCCGGUCACGGCUAUGUCAACAACGCCACUAUUGGCAACAAGCCCUACACCUUCUACCAGCCUUACCAGGACCCGUACACGAGCCCUGCUCCCCAGCGUAUCUCUCGUGAGGUUCAGGGUAACGGCCCAAUCACGGAUGUGACCUCUGCCGAUCUCCAGUGCGGUGGCUACACUGAGGGUGGCAUUGUUGGCUCGAAGCCCGCUGCGCUUCACGCUGAGGUGGCUGCUGGCUCGGCAGUCGACCUCUACUGGACCCUCUGGCCUGACAGCCACGUUGGUCCUACCGUCACCUACAUGGCUAAGUGCCCUGACGCGGGCUGCAACAACUGGAUGCCCAGCGCGACCGCCGUCUGGUUCAAGGUCCAGCAAACUGGCCGCACCGGCACCAGCAACACCUGGGGCGCCACUCCCCUAAUGAAGGCUGGUGGCGUCGUCACCUACACCGUUCCCAAGUGCAUCCCCUCUGGCAACUACCUCGUUCGCCACGAGAUCAUCGCGCUGCACUCCGCCUACUCGUACCCCGGUGCUCAGUUCUACCCCGGCUGCCAUCAGCUCAAGGUCACCGGCGGCGGCAGCAAGUCUCCAUCUGGUCUCGUUGCUUUCCCCGGUGCAUACAAGGGAUCUGACGCCGGCAUCACCUACGACUCCUACAAGGCCCAGGCUUACACUGUUCCUGGACCUGCUCUGUUCACUUGCUAG